UUGCACAUGGAAGGCGCGCUGACGGCCAGGGACAAGGUUGGAGUGCAGGAUUUUGUGCUGUUGGACGCCUACACCAGCGAAUCUGCUUUUCUGGACAAUCUUCGCAAGCGUUUCAGCGAGAACCUCAUCUAUACCUAUAUUGGGACCCUCCUUGUGUCUGUGAAUCCAUACCAGGAGCUUGGAAUCUACACUGUGAGCCAGAUGGAACUUUAUCAAGGGGUCAAUUUCUUUGAACUGCCACCGCAUGUCUAUGCCAUAGCCAACAAUGCGUACCGCAUGAUGUGCUCUGAGCUAAAUAACCACUUCAUCCUCAUUUCUGGAGAGAGUGGGGCAGGGAAAACAGAGGCCUCCAAGAAGAUUCUGCAGUAUUUUGCUGUGACCUGCCCAAUGACCGAGGCGCUACAAAUAGCCCGUGACAGACUGCUGCUCUCCAAUCCAGUUUUGGAGGCUUUUGGAAAUGCCAGAACACUCCGGAACGACAACUCCAGCAGAUUUGGAAAAUACAUGGACAUACAGUUUGACUAUAAGUUGUGGGAUGGAAGCAACCAGAGACCAUCCCUAAUGAAAGAUUUUGAACAGUUCUGCAUCAAUUACUGCAACGAGAAACUCCAGCAACUGUUAAUUGAGAGAACCCUAAAAGCAGAACAGGCAGAAUAUGAAAUGGAAGGUAUAGAGUGGGAGCCAAUUCAGUAUUUCAACAACAAGAUCAUCUGUGAUUUGGUGGAAGAGAGACACAAAGGAAUCAUUUCCAUUCUGGAUGAAGAAUGUAUCCGUCCUGGUCCUGCUACAGACUUGAGUUUCCUGGAGAAAUUGGAAGAGAAAGUAGGCAAGCAUGCACACUUCCAAACCCGGAAGCUGGCGGGGCCCAAGGGCCGGAAGAGGAUUGGCUGGAUGGAGUUCCAGCUCUCCCACUACGCUGGGGAGGUCACCUACUGCACCCAAGGAUUCUUAGAGAAAAACAAUGAUCUCCUCUACAGACAUCUGAAAGAAGUGCUGUGCAGGUCCAAAAACCGUAUCCUGAAGGACUGCUUCCUGGUGGCCGAGUUAGAAAACCGGAGAAGGCCACCAACGGUGGGGACUCAGUUCAAAAACAGCCUGAGCAGCCUUCUGGAAAUCCUCAUCUCUAAGGAACCUUGGUACAUCCGUUGCAUCAAGCCCAAUGAGAGGAAAGAACCCAACAAGUUUGACGACUUGCUUAUAAGGCAUCAGAUCAAGUACCUGGGACUGAUGGAGCACCUUCGGGUGAGACGGGCGGGCUUUGCAUACCGGCGGAAAUACGAGCAUUUCUUGCAAAGGUACAAGUCCCUGUGCCCAGACACCUGGCCACACUGGCGUGGACCCCCAGCCGAGGGCGUGGAACGGCUAAUCCAGUACAUCGGCUACACACCGGAAGAGUACAAGUUAGGGAGAACCAAAAUAUUCAUUCGUUUCCCCAGAACUCUGUUUGCCACCGAAGAUGCCUUUGAAUUUAGUAAACAUCAAUUAGUUGCGAGGAUCCAAGCCACAUACAAAGCCUGCCUAGAAAGGAGAGUGUAUGUGAAAAAAAGACAAGCAGCCAUCAGACUGGAAGCGCACUGGCGUGGGGCCCUGGCUCGGAAGGCGGCCAGAAGGAGAAAGUGGGCUGUGCAGACCGUGAGGAAGUUCAUAAAGGGAUUCAUCAACCGCAACCAACCCCUCUGCCCCGACAAUGAGGAGUUUAUCGUGUUCAUGCGGAAGAAUUACAUCUUGAAUCUUCGGUAUCAUGUCCCAAAGAAUGUCUUGGACAAGAGCUGGCUGAGGCCUCCUGGCAUCUUGGAAAAUGCGUCGGACCUGCUCAGGAAAAUGUGCACAAGGAACCUGGUCCGGAAGUACUGUUGCGGGAUCACAGCCGAGAGGAAAGCGCUGAUGCAGCAAAAAGUGGUUACAAGUGAGCUCUUCAGGGGAAAGAAAGAAGGUUAUGCAGAAGUCUUAAGCCAUCCCUUUGCCAACAGUCGGAUCGAUGAAGGAGACAUUAAUCCCAAAGUGCUUCAACUCAUUAGCAAUGAGAAAAUCCAGUAUGGUAUCCCGGUCAUUAAAUAUGACAGGAAAGGCUUCAAGGCCCGGCAGCGCCAACUCCUCCUGACUCAGAAAGCAGCUUACGUGGUGGAGCUUGCCAAAAUCAAGCAGAAAAUAGAAUACUCAACACUCAAAGGUGUCUCUACUAGCAGCCUCAGUGAUGGCAUCUUGGUCAUUCACGUCUCACCAGAGGACCACAAACAAAAGGGGGAUACCAUCUUACAGUGUGAGCACGUCUUCGAAGCAGUCACGAAGCUCGUCAUGCUGCUCAAGAGGGGGAACGUGGUGAAUGUCGCUCAGGGAAGUUUACAGUUUUGUAUCAGUCCUGGAAAAAAAGGCACGAUAGUUUUCAACACAGGACCGGAAGAACUAAUCUAUAAAGAUAAAAACGGCCAGUUAACAGUGGUGUCGGUCCGCACGAAGUCCUCUUGACCUCGCCCAUGGCCAUCUCUGUUCCGGCUGAGGAAAGCACCGAGGAAGCGGGAGGCUGUCCAAGGAGCUACACCUUCAAGGCAAGAAGUCCCAGCAGCUCUAGGCAAAGGAGCACCUCUGAAGAAACUGAGUGGCAUCUGCCCAUCUCCCGGGUCUCAGCAGCACUGGGGCAUUAAAGGAAAAGGUCCUCUUCAGGGGCCCAAACAAGUCACCUGCGGGGAUGGGUUUCAAUGUCCCUACCUGGUCCUUCCCUCAAUGGGUACUUGAACAUGUCAUUAUAGGGUGGGCAACAGAUCCUCUACCUUUGUCAAGCUGCCCCUGAGGAACAAUUUGAUAAAGCUGCAAAUUUUGGAUUUUGCUUUAACUAAAUGGAACUUAGGUGCUUUGGGUUCCAGAUGGGGAGCUGUAGCAGAAAUGUUAAGGCCUUGGGUGUGUUUGUUUCUUGUCCCGGCCCCCCGCCUUCCCUUGUAUUAAAGCAGCAGCAACCCCAGCUGAUUCACUCUGCUUUCCACCUAAGACUUCCUUACAGUGUUUACUAGAACAAUGACCCCCGCCGUCCCCGGAGACUUCAAGGUGCUAAAGCACAAUGACUGGAGGAUAGAGGCCUUGCUCUCUCUCUGAACCCCCCUCGCACUGGCUGGAUCGUGCUGGGUGUUUCUGCAGAGCAACCAGAAAACAUUUAAACAGAGGCAUUACGUAACUUUUAUUUUACACGUCCACAAAUGCUUGUACAACAGACAGUGACUACUUCUAACGUUUAUAGCAUUUUUUUCACAGCACGAAAAGCAAGCUUAGGGACACAGGUGUGCCACAGGCCCGCUGGGUGGGGCACACAUGUGGGUCCCGAGCAGCCACUGGGUGUGGCAGGCGAGCCCACCUACGUGGAGCGCGGGCUCCCUGCACCUCGGCCACGCUGCUCAUGUGCUACCUACCGGAAGGGGGGGGGGAGGCAACAGAAGAGGCUACUCCAGGAUUGUCUCGGGCACAGGCCCCCAGUCACCACAAAGAAGGACUUCUUUGAAAAAAGCUGUUCUACUUCAACUGUAAGCGCUUACAGUGUAAUAAAACUUAACUCUUU